AUGGCCGCUGAUAUCCCGGAUCGCUCUGCCAACGCUGCACACGUUCGCCGCUUCAUUACGGACGUGCUCGUAUCAGACUACUACACGGACCCUAACUUUGCCAGUGAAACCGCGCGUGCAUGGCGAAUAGGCCGCGGUUCUGAGCUUCAUGAUGCAAAGCAGAAAUACUUUGAAGACCUUUUUGGUGUCGAGAUAGGAUUCUGCCUGUAUAGAAGUGUCCUUGAAGCGAGAGAUGAGGAGUGGCAGAAUUCCCGUAUUGGCUUACUUAUUAACUUGCUCAUCUUACUCAGGGGGUGUCUUUCUGUCGCCCCUUUUGUCCUUUUGGAUUUUAUAUCAGAAUCGGCCCGCGUCUUCAGAUACUCGUAA